UAGAAAACUCAAGAGAGCUCAAUUAAAAGACCAUGUCCGCCAUCGGGCGUCUACAGUCCUCGGUGUCCUUAUUUAAACCAAAUUCUCCAUGAAAUAGCAUUAUCCCGUGGCCCCCACAAUGGCCAGUUCGGGUGCCGUUCAGGUGAAACUGGAACUCGGUCAUCGUGCCCAGCUCCGAAAGAAACCCACCGUGGAAGGUUUUACGCACGACUGGAUGGUGUUUGUCCGCGGACCGGAGCACAGCAACAUUCAGCAUUUUGUGGAGAAAGUCGUAUUUCAUCUACACGAAAGUUUCCCGAGACCAAAAAGAGUGUGCAAGGAUCCACCAUAUAAAGUCGAAGAGUCUGGAUACGCUGGAUUUAUCUUGCCUAUUGAAGUUUACUUUAAAAAUAAGGAGGAACCAAAAAAAGUGCGCUUUGACUACGAUUUGUUCCUGCACUUGGAGGGUCACCCACCUGUCAAUCAUCUCCGCUGUGAAAAGCUCACGUUCAACAACCCUACUGAAGAGUUCCGCAGGAAGCUGCUCAAGGCGGGAGGGCAACGGGAUCCUCACAAAAGAUCUUCAGAGGACUGUAAAGUAAUGGUAAUGCAGGAGGGCUCUACUUCUCUGUUCGGGCAGCAUCUAAAGCUGCCCACAUUACCCAGCAGCUCAUUAACAUUGACCUUCUCUGAUGUGAAAAAGAGCAAGUCUUUCCCAGGGUCAAAGGACAGGUCCAAAAGCAGCAGUGCUCUUACAACCACAAACAACAUCAGCAGCAGCUCCCUCAAACUCCACAAACCGUCUAAGGACCAUAAGGACAAGCCUUCCAAAGACUCAAAAGAGUCCAAAAGUGCCUUCAGAGAUUUCAGCAAGGACUCUGGAAAACUCUCUAAAGAUUCUAAAAAACCCAAAGAGAAUCAACCAAUUCAGGAAGAUCGCCCCGUUCCCCAAAUGGGAUUCAAGGAGCCCAAGACCACAUCGAAGGAGCAAUGUUCAUCGGAGGGUAGCUUCUCAAGCUUGGGACAGAGUAAACGGCGGCCUGUGUUGGACAGUGAAGGCCAUGUUACCAAAAAACGGAAAAGCAGUUUUUCAGAGAGCUCGCAGAAGCAGCAAGUGUGUCCUACCUUGCUACAGCAUCACCAUUCGGAUAAAAAGGUUUUGAAAGACAAGCCGCAAGUCCGGCAUAGUAGGUUACAAAACAUUGAACAUUCAGAGAAACGAAAGCCGUCAGCAUUACCGCCCUUCCAGGAUGUGUUGGACCCGAAUGACUCGGACAUGGAUGACAACACGUUCACAAGAUCAGAUGCUCGGCGAGGGGUUGAAGUUAAGUGUCUUUACCACCCUGCUUGCAGGAGUUUUGGCAACCCCUAUUGUCAACUCGCUUCACGGGAGAUUUUUAGCACCUGCCCCCUGCCAGCAACUCUCACUAGCACCACUGUCACCCCCAGUCGAACCGGAUUAUUGGGUCCUUUACGGUCGGUGAUCGCAGAUUUGCACUCAGAUGAAAUCGAAGAGGAUUCGGAAGAGGAGGACAAUAAUGACAUGGACUCGGACAUGGAGCAACCGUUGCACACGCAGAUGACACAUCGCCACCGCAGGGUGAGUUUAAGUGACGGCAGUGAUAGUGAAAAUAGUUCUGCCUCUUCACCACUGCCCCAUAAUGACCCCCAACCUCUACUGAAAACCGCCAAUAACCAGAUACUCGAGGUGAAGAGUCCUAUGAAACAAGCAAAGAUGGACAAAAAUAAAAACAUUGACCGUGACAAGGCAUACUUGGAUGAGCUGGUUGAGCUUCACAGAAGACUAAUGGCACUAAGGGAAAGGCACAUAUUACAGCAGAUUGUGAACCUCAUUGAGGAAACGGGACACUUUCACAUCACAAACACUACUUUUGACUUUGACCUCUGCUCUCUGGACAAAACCACAGUUCGGAAGCUGCAAAGCUACCUGGAGACUUCUGGAUCAUCUUGAAGACUUCACACCUCCCUUUUUCCCUCCUUUUGUUUUUUCUCCUAAAUUGAAAACUUUUAAGGCAAUGGAAAGGAUCCGCUUUCAUUCCAGAGCUCCUCUCGUCUCUCGAAAGGCCUCAGAAAUCAUUAUUACAUGAGUCUGGAGAUUCUUACGCUCCACCUGGACUUCACCCAAUAAGCCUUGAUAAUCCGACAUUGCCAAAAAAAUGUCUUGCUCCAAAACAAAAUACAUUUGUGUAUAUUGUAUGAAUGUUUGAUAAGUUUUUUGUGACGAAUGCAUGUUUCAACACUGCCUUACCACAUUGACUAUUUAUUGAGUAUGAGUUUCAAGUGUGUGUGUGUGUGUAAGUGCAAAUUAUAUUAAACUUGUGCAAGCACUUGAGAACAUCAUCUCGUCGGCAAUGAAACGUCUCUUAACAUCCACUGUUUUUAUGGAUCACAAGCAAUGUUUUUCAUGCUGUACAUGUAAAAUGAACGGUUUCAGAUUAUGCUGGACGGAGGAAGACUUUUAACUCUAUUAUAUAUCAAUGAAUUGCACAUUGUCUGCAAACUCAUUUGAAAGAAGGCAGGAUCUUAAGCAAAUCCAGUGACCUCUAUCUCAAAUGUUUCUUAACGUCGUUGCAGUAGGAAAGUGUAAUGUUGAAUCCUCUAAUGUUAUUUAUUGUUUUUGGGGACCACAGUUCCCAUGGCUGUUCAUUGGUUGUCCCCAAAACAGUUGGAAAAAGCCAAGUCUUAAUUGUAGUUUGGGAGUUCUUUGUUAAUCUGAGGAAAUCAAGAAGUGAUCACAGUUAACUUUUCAGUUCCAUUGUUUUUCUGUUUUUUAUUGGAUUAUUUGAUAGGCUAAUAUCAGCAUAUUGUGCAGUUGAGUUGUAGCCCUCAAGUUGUGCUUUGUGCAAAAGCAACAUCGUUCACUUUUCAUUUCCUUAUAAUGUUGAAUCAGAUAAGCCAACCAUAAAUAUAGAUAUUUUGGGAGACACGGUGGUGGUGGUGGUGGUGGUGUGGUUGAGAAGGGUUUAGACUAAAUAAUUGACACUGUGAAGUGUUUGAAUUUAUCAGAUCAUUUUUUUUUAAUUGUUUUUGUUGAAUGAAAAUCAUGCCUUGUACACUUUAUUAUUGUUUAUUUCCCAGAUUCAUUUUUUUCA